AUGUCGCUUUCUGUCGUAUCAUACUCGGGACGCCGUCUCCCAGCCGAACUCUGUGAUAUCAUUCUUGAAGAGGCCAUAUGCAUCCCCAAGUUCUUCGAUGUAGACCCGAUGGAGACUUACGGUCCGUGGAAGCAUCUACAAUACUUUGACCGAGGCGCCUACUGGGCGUCGGAGCGGCUGCGCAACAACCUGCGGCGCGUUUUUGACGUUACCCAUGGAGAUGUACCGAUCGACGCGUUACCCUUCGCACUUCGCAUCUACGUUUCGGAAUGCGGAUGUCCGGCCAACUCUGGCCCCAAGCGCUUAGCGAUGCGUCUUAGUCAUCGUAGAAACUACGAUACGACAUUUAAAACAUUAUAUAGCGCAGAAAGGGGCGUUCCAGUCCCGUGGAAGCUGCGCAUCAUCGAAUUCUCUCCAUUUGUGGCGGAGAUCGGCAAAUUUUUACUCGAGAGACAUCGAGUUUAUAAUCUACAAUCGGUAAUCGGUGCGCCAGAUUACUUGAUGGCAUACAUUUACAGUCUUGGGAUCCAGCCGACAGUUAUAUGGAGACUUGCUUACCGUGGUCUCAUUUCUAUGCUCACAGGUACAUUUGUAUCUCAACUUACAACUUUGAAAUUCUCCCUCAAUGCCGGCCACCCACUACCUACCAAUCCUCCCGCUCUUCGAUAUCUCCAUGUCGUGCUCUCGAUAUUCUCUGACGCCCGAGACCUGGUAUCAUUGCUCAAAGGUAUCGGAAAACAACUUCGGGCACUAUACUGCGCCGGGGAAACACAGGGGUGGCAACUCUCUCCGACAAUCUGGGAGCUAUGUCCUUCGAUAGAGAUACUCCAAAUGUCGCCCAGUAUGUCUGAAUUUACCUCAUUUCCCUCGAGCGGGGUUCUCCCAGCCGAGCUUUGGCAGAUAAUCCUCGAGGAAGCCAUAUAUGUUCCGAUUUACUUCAACUUAAACCCGGAGACGACAUACAGAUCGACAUAUCACCCACUAUGCUUCAGUCAGCAGCAUUACUGGGCAUCAGAGCGCCUGCGAAAUACGCUACGGCGUGUUUGCCGCUCUUGGGACGCCUUUCUCAAGCGUUAUAAUCAUAGAUACGUCGAUACAGCAGACAUAAUACUCGGACUGGUGCCAGUGACCGCCCUCCCGUCUGCUUUUCGUAUCCGACUCUCAGAUGCCUUCACAAUGACGCCUGUUAUCCGCCGGCUGUCACUUGACGGCUACGAUUUGACACCUAAAAUGAUAGAUAGCACAGAAGAUGGCAUACCAACAACAUGGAAUCUACGCAUCCUCGAAUUUUCAUCUCUACCACCCGACAACGAAUUCCUAUUGGAGCAGAAUCGAGUAUACAAUCUCCAAUCCAUCAUCUGUGCACCAAUGUCCUUCUUGAAAUCUCUUUCCGACCUGCAAGUCCAGCCGACAGUCGUAUGGAACUUUGCCGACGAUUUCCCCAAUGGCCCCUCGGCACUUUCGAACUCAUUUCUUUCGAAAAUCAACACCCUCUAUCUCGAAUUGGAUACCGAAUGGUUGCCCACAAACCUUCCCGCUCUUCGAUAUCUUCACGUUGAUCUAGCAGACCUCUCUGUCGAAAGGCUGGUAGAGUGGCUGGAAAUCAUCGGAAAGCAACUCCAGGAGUUCUACUGCUCAGGGAGAAGACGAGAGAGCGAAUUACCUCGAUCAAUCUGGGAGCUUUGUCCAUCGAUGAAGAUCCACAAGGCGCCCUGGGGAAUGAUCCAGAUGCCGGCGCCGCGAGAGCAUCCCGUCCAUACCUUGCAAUUCGAGGUUGACUACCUCAUCAACGACUCGAUUCUCGUGUGUCUCGAAUGCGGUCAGGUCCACGACGUAUUAGUGUCCGUCGGUGCUUCGAUAGAAGAGCAUGCCGCGUCGGGAAUUCGCACUUUGGCAUAUUGCCAAACGUGGAGCGUACUUCGCACCCCAUCCUUCUCACACGGCGGCUUUACAUCAAACGUGAUCUGUCUCGUGAAGCAGGCCAACCGACACGGUAUACAAGUGAUGGACGCCACUUGGACCUCAUUCGAGGACCAUAUCGUUUCGGAGAUUGAGGGCUGUAGACGCGGGUGA